UGAAUUAGAUCGUCAAGGUGAAAAAGGACAGCAAAAUCUGAGCCGUUGGUUGGACAGGAACAAAUCCUAACCGUCCGGAGCCCCCCGUGUAGUCCUUCCUUCCUCACUGUCUCCCUCCAUCGAUACUUUCCUCCGCUGCCCGAAGAGCCAAAAACGCCAUUGAAGCUGCUCAAGUGCAGAACUCCUCUUCCUCCUCCUUCUACUCCUCUUCGGGCCUCCACCCAUAAUGUCUUCUCUUCAACUGAAUUUCAAGUCCCUGAAAGCAGGGCCAUUCCGCUGCGGCUCAGGUCCGAGACGAUUUCCGACGAAGCCGGGUUCUGUGAGGUGCGCCGCCGCUUCGCCCACCAGAAGCUACGCCAUUACCCUGCUCCCGGGCGACGGCAUAGGCCCCGAGGUCAUUUCCGUCGCAAAGAACGUCCUGUUGCUCGCUGGGGCCAUUGAAGGUAUUGAGUUCAACUUUCAUGAGAUGCCUGUGGGAGGAGCUGCAUUGGACUUGACCGGAGUUCCUUUGCCUGGGGAAACACUUUCAGCUGCUCAGCAGUCUGAUGCUGUUCUUCUCGGAGCAAUUGGAGGUUAUAAAUGGGACAAUAAUGAGAAGCAUUUGAAGCCAGAAACUGGUCUGCUUCAGCUAAGAGAAGGCCUUAAGGUCUUCGCCAACUUAAGGCCAGCAACGGUCCUGCCUCAGUUGGUAGAUGCUUCAACUCUGAAGAAAGAGGUUGCUGAAGGAGUUGACCUGAUGGUUGUGAGAGAGCUCACAGGCGGGAUUUAUUUCGGGAAACCAAGGGGCUUUAGUACCAAUCAGAAUGGCGAAGAAAUUGGUCUCAACACUGAAGUGUAUUCAAUAAGUGAGAUUGAUCGCAUUGCUCGCGUUGCAUUUGAGACUGCUCGGAAGCGGCGUGGCAAGCUUUGCUCUGUAGACAAAGCAAACGUCUUGGAGGCAUCGAUGCUUUGGAGGAAGAGAGUUAUGGCAAUAGCUCUGGAAUACCCUGAUGUUGAACUGACACAUAUGUAUGUAGACAAUGCUGCAAUGCAGCUUGUUCGUAACCCAAAGCAGUUUGACACGAUCGUGACAAACAACAUAUUUGGUGAUAUCUUGUCUGAUGAGGCUUCGAUGAUCACCGGAAGUAUUGGGAUGCUUCCAUCUGCAAGUCUCGGGGAAAAGGGGCCUGGACUCUUUGAGCCCAUUCAUGGAUCAGCUCCUGAUAUUGCUGGACAGGACAAAGCAAACCCACUAGCUACUGUGCUAAGUGCUGCUAUGCUCUUGAAGUAUGGACUAGGGGAGGCAGAUGCAGCUGAGAGAAUAGAAGCUGCUGUUCUUCAUACUCUGGACAGGGGUUUCCGCACUGGUGACAUAUACUCCGACGGAAAUAAAUUGGUGGGUUGUAAAGAAAUGGGUGAAGAAGUGCUGAAGGCGGUCGACUUGAAUGUUGCUGCAACAGUGUAAACUGUAAUAACAAUUUCCAGAAGGAAGAUCUUGCCCACAAUUAAGAUAAAUAAACUUAUUUUUCGGGAAGAUGCCAUCAAAAGUAGAGGAACAUUCACCAUAACAGUUGUACUUCUCUCUGGAAUUGAGUUUGAUUGGAAACUUGCUUUGUAGUCUGUCUUGAUGUUUAGAGUAAACAUGGUUAGAAAUAGAGCGGAUGUUCUUCUGAUCCCCGUGCAAGUUUUUGCUUUGACCAUGGAAGCGACAAUCAGUUAGUCUGACUUCGCAUCUUAAUGCUUUGACAUUGUAUACGUAGUUUUUAGCU